AUGGAGAGACUUGGAGGCAGAGAUGGACGACUCUGGUGAUGUUUCACUGAGCGUGCAGGUGGCCAUUGGGAACACGUGAUGACGAAGCAAAUCCAGGGACGUAUUUCCGGUCGCCUGCGUGCGCGUUUGUCGAAGCCGCCGCCGUGAAUGCGAGCAUCGGAGAAAAGAAGAAGAAGAAGAAGAAGAAGAUAGCUGGUGGAGGAGGAGAACAGUGCCACACCUUUUUUUCCACUACGUCUCUCUCCAGCCUACUUCUUCGCCGCAUCCAUAUUCCUCGCACAACCCUAUACCUCACGCUUAACACGUUUUUCUCUGCCCGCCGUGAUUCAAAGGAAUUGCCGAAAGCUAAUUCAGAUUAUGCGAGACUUGGUAGUGGAGUCACAUCGACGAAAGCUCACGAUCCAUCAUACACAUUUUUACCUACAGAAUCCUGUGAAGGAAACGGAUAUUACAGCUGCAGUGCUGUUAUACCUUCACUAGUUCGCCAACCCCUCAUGCUUCACGAGUUCCCAUGGUAGUGAUCUUGUAUAAAUCCGACAUCAGAUUGCAUGUUUUGCCAUCAUCGGCUCCUUGGUAGAGUUUAGACAGACAUGGAGGUGGCAGAGGAAUGGCCGGAACCAAUCGUCCGGGUUCAAACCUUGGCUGAUGCCGAAGCCGUCCCUGAGAGGUACAUCAAGCCACCGUCCGAGCGACCCAACCUGAAUCCCGGUACGGCGUUGGCGCCGAGUGAGACGGGAAGCCUUCCUGUCAUCGACCUCGCCGGCCUGAGUGGUGGCGCCGCGGAGAGGCGGGCGACGAUGCUGGCCGUCUCGGAUGCUUGCCGAGACUGGGGUUUCUUCCAGGUGGUGAACCACGGGGUGAGCCCGGAGCUGAUGGAGGGGAUGAGGGAAGUGUGGACGGCGUUCUUCCGGCUACCCAUGGCGGAGAAGCAAGCUUACGCCAACUCCCCCAAGACAUUCGAGGGGUACGGCAGCCGCCUCGGCGUCAAGAAGGGCGCCAUUCUUGACUGGGGCGACUACUUCUUCCUCCAGCUUUCACCUCACUCGAUCAGGAACUACGACAAGUGGCCUGUUCUUCCUGCUUCCCUGAGGGCGAUGACGGAGUCCUACGGCGAGGAACUGGAGAAGCUGUGUGGGGUGAUAAAGAAGGUGUUGUCUGCAACCCUAGGACUGGACGAAGAGUUCCUCCACAGAGCCUUUGGAGAGGCUGGCGCUUGCCUGAGGGUCAACUACUACCCCAAAUGCCCGCAGCCUGAUCUCACCCUCGGCCUCUCUCCCCACUCCGACCCCGGAGGGAUGACGGUCCUGCUCACCGACCACCACGUCAAAGGCCUUCAGGUGCGCAAGGGUGACGACUGGAUCACGGUGGAGCCGGUCCCCGGUGCUCUCAUCGUCAACAUCGGGGACCAAAUCCAGGUGUUGACCAAUGCGACAUAUAAGAGCGUAGAGCACCGGGUGGUGGUCAACGCGGCGACGGAGCGGCUGUCGAUGGCCUUCUUCUUCAACCCCAACGACGACCUGCCGAUCCAACCCGCCGCCGAGCUGGUGACGCCCGAGGCGCCGCCCCUGUACAAGCGGCUGACCUUCAAGGAGUACAAGCUGUUCAUGAGGAUGUUGGGCCCCCGUGGCAAGUCCCACGUUGACUUCGUCAAGUCCACCUGAUCCGAUCCGAUCCGAUCCAUCCUUCCCGUGUCUCGACGCCACCAAUAAAUUCGCAUCUCGAUUUGGAAUGCAAUACACACCAUUUUAAAGAUUUGAUUGUGUGACCUCAG